ACAGGGAAUCAGGGUUAUAACUUCUUUAGCACAAUAAAUAAAAAGAAGAAAACUCAAAAUAAAGCCAAACGAUUAUAAAUAAAAGUAGAAUUUUGAGACAAAAGCGGUGAAAUUUGUGAAUCAAGAUGAAAUUAGUACGGUUUUUGAUGAAAUUAAGUCAUGAAACUGUUACGAUCGAAUUGAAGAAUGGAACUCAAGUGCAUGGUACAAUAACUGGUGUAGAUGUUGCCAUGAAUACUCAUUUGAAAGCAGUCAAAAUGACAAUUAAAAACAGAAAUCCCAUUCAGCUUGAAACUCUUUCAAUAAGAGGAAACAAUAUUCGCUAUUACAUCCUUCCAGACAGUUUACCAUUGGAAACUUUGCUGAUCGAUGAUACACCAAAGUCAAAAGCUAAGAAAAAGGAUGGAAGAAAUGCUAGCAACCGUGGACGUGGUCGAGGUGCUGGUGCUAGAGGAAGAGGUGGACCCAGAGGAGGAAGAGGCGGCGCUCGUGGAAGAGGAAGGCGUUAAAUUUUCCAUUAUGAAUAAAAUAUUUUUAAGACUUUCAAAACUUGCUUUUUGUAUUUAAAUCCUCGUUUUAUUAAAUAAAAUAAACAAUCUCUUAAUUGAAAUACAUAUAAAAUAUGUUUACGUCUUAUUUCAUUUAAUAUCCGUA